AUGGCCUUGGUCUACCAACCAAUGAUGCAAGUGAGUGGCAUUCUGUUCUCCCUCCUGGGAUGGGUCCUGUCCUGUCUCACCACCUACCUACCCCAGUGGAAAAAUCUCAACUUGGAACUGAACGAACUGGAGAUCUGGACCAUGGGACUCUGGCAAGCUUGUGUUGUCCAGGAAGAAGGGGGAAUGCAGUGCAAGGACUUCGAUUCUUUCCUAGCUUUGCCUCCAGAGCUCAGGAUUUCUAGGAUUCUGAUGGUUUUCUCCAACGGAUCGGGGCUUUUGGGCCUCUUGCUCUCAGGAUUUGGGUUGGACUGUUUGAAAAUUGGUGAAAGACAACAGGAACAAAAGAAACGGCUGUUGCUGUUUGGCGGAAUGCUCUUCUGGAUAUCGGGGAUUACAGCUAUCAUCCCAGUUUCUUGGGUUGCCCAUUCCACAGUCCAGGAAUUUUGGGAUGAGAAUAUACCAGAUAUUGUUCCCAGGUGGGAUUUUGGGGAAGCGUUAUUUGUUGGCUGGCUUGCUGGAUUUUGUCUUAUACUAGGAGGAUCCCUGCUUAAUUGCACAAUGUGCUCAACUGGAGUCCAUCCAUCUUCGGGCCGUUAUGCAGCAGCAGAACAGCGAGAUCAGUGUCAGCGCGUGGAAACGGAGACUAGGCCUUAG